AUGCUCAACGGUAGCCUGCUGCUGUGGUCGCUGUUGUUUGUCGCCGGCUUGGGCGCCACAGCAAGGACGCGCGACCAGCGGAGGGCCUUCACCAGCCCGCAGAUUGUUCUUCCGCCUGGAGUGUCGGAUGGAAUAGACAGUGGUUCGCUGCCACAGUCGUUAGGGGAGCGCAAGUUCACACUGAGGCACAUCUACCACCAUGGCACCCACGACUAUCCCAACCUCCACCGAUACAUCGACAUCGCCACUGACAACCAGCUUCAAGUCUCCUACGAUGAUGGCGAAACGUUUGAAGAAGCUCCGGUAGAGCUCCAUGCUCGCGCUCAGACUCUGAACAUCCAGCGUCUGGCUAAACGAAAGCCGUCCGAUAUCGAUGCACUCCUCGACCACGCAUACCACCAUGGUGAGGCGAUCGACCUGCCGUCAACAGCUUGGACGGAAGACAAGAUUGCAGGGCCGAACAUCACAGACAAGAGCACGAUCCUGACGUUUGCCAAAAUGGCCGCAAAUGCAUACGUCCUGACGCCUGCAGAUGGCGAGUGGCAACCGGUCAAAGGUGGAUUCAACUAUACCGAUGACUUUGGCUGGCAGACGGAUGGUCUGAGAGGACACAUCUUCGCUGAUGAGACGAACGGCACGAUUGUCAUUGGCCUGAAAGGCACAUCUCCUGCAGUCUUUGAUGGUGCAGAUACGACGGGCAAUGACAAGUUGAACGAUAACCUGUUUGGGUCAUGCUGCUGUGCUCAAGGUGGACAGAUUACUUGGAAGCAGGUCUGUGAUUGCAAGACAGGUACAUAUUCUUGCAACUCCACAUGCUUGACCAAGUCUUUACGUGAGAAGGGCCACUACUACUGGGCGGUUCGCGAUCUCUAUCAUAACGUGACGGAGCGGUACCCGAAUUCAGACGUCUGGCUCUCAGGCCAUUCGCUUGGUGGAGUGGUUAGCUCUCUGCUGGGCUUGACGUACGGUCUACCAACCCUCACUUUCGAAGCCUUCCCAGAUGCCAUGGCUGCCAAUAGAUUGGGGCUUCCAGUGCCACCAGGAUACCAAAUCGGAUCGCAUCACACCCGAGCCAGGACUGGCAUCCACCACUUUGGUCAUACUGCUGACCCAAUCUACAUGGGGACGUGCAAUGCGGGGACUUCAUUCUGCUCGAUCGCUGGAUAUGCUUUCGAAGGUGUGUGCCAUACUGGUGAGACAUGCAUCUAUGACACUGUCGGUGAUCUGGGCUGGCGAGUGGGUAUUGGCACUCACAAGAUCGUCAACGUGAUCAACGACGUGCUCAAAAAGUACGAUACUGUACCGGGCUGCGACCAAGAUGUGGAGUGCGUGGAUUGUUACAACUGGAAAUUCUAUGAGAGCAACGGCACGGAGACAACCACGAGCAGCACGAGCAGCUCCACAACCUCUCGAACACGCACCGAGACUUGCAAAACGCCAGGUUGGUGGGGAUGCUUGGACGAGACCACUCCUUCGAGACCAACGUCUACUACAAGCACAACUACGACGACGACCACCUCGACAUGCAAGACGCCUGGCUGGUUUGGGUGCAAGGACGAGACGACAACAACAUCAAGCUCUGUGACAAGCCGAAGUGCCACACCUGGGCCAACGAUUACAACCACUUCAUCGACUUCGACCAGUACGUGCAAAACGCCAGGCUGGUUUGGAUGCUACGAUUCGACCACAAGUACCACGUCUGCCACCCCUAAACCCACUUCCUCAAUCGUAUCCGCUACAUCCACCGCAACAGACGACUGCACAUCUAGGGAAUGGUUCGGACUGAUAUGCGUGGAUCCGUCGCCUACGAUUACUUCCGCCACACCUUCACCAACAAAUCUGCCAACCACACGCAGGAAGAAGUGUGUUAAGAGGCAUUGGUAUGGCGGUUGCAAGCAGUGGAAUUGGGAGGAUGCCGAACCGAAGUUGGAUCUGUAA